UCUCAUAACAGCAGUGCAGACUGUAGAUGUAAUAAAGAUGUGAAUGUUGUGGAUCUUUUGAGAAUGAUGACACUUAGCUGGAAUUGCAAUAACAUAGUAGAUAACAUAAAAAGGGGUCUUUUAGGUGAGUGUGUUAAAUUAAUUCCUAGGCUUUCUGAACAGGUGUUUCUGUCCAGAGUAAUGGUGCUACACAGGUCUUUUUGCUAGCAACCAGUAAUUAGUUUGAAGGGAAAUGGUGAAAUACUGAGGGAGGAAAAAAAAGUUUACAACCUUUUUUCUUAACAGUUGUUCUUCUAUGGAGUCUUAAGGCUUUUAAUAGAUAUUGCAGCAGGCGACCAUUAUGGUUUUGUUUUUACAGAUGCCAUUUAUGCUUUGUGUUGCUUGGCAGAUAUUAAAGUGCCUGCCUGUUUUCUCUAUCUUACAGAGGGACAAGUUCUACUUUUGCAAGAUACUCUAUCUACUGCCACUACAAUUGUGUCUGACAAACACAUUCCCUCUGUAACUAAUGGCGAGCCCUUCAUGCAGAUUGGACACACAGGUGAUUUUACUAGAGCUGCUGUGACAGUCACUCCAGAUGUUGGUUUACUGCUUACUAGUCAAGGAACCACUCAAGGACCAAAAGAAAAGGAGAAAAAUGACUCCCAGGUUUUGACAAAUGUGACACCACUAGAAGCAAGUGAGGAAAUAACCACUGUGUUUGAUUACAAUUGGACUAAUCUCCCUAUAGAUAGCUCCAAUAAGCCCAUUGAGGUAACAAAUAAUGGACUGAUAACUACUGGGAUCCCAGAUGUUGAUGAAAUUGACCCUGAUAUAAUCUCAGUAGUUAAAUCAACACCACCUCUUCUAUCAUCUCAGAUGGAUAAAAUUAUGACUAAAAGGCCAACAACUGGUCCAACUCAUGCCUUAGGGGUAAGUGGUAACACAGAUAUCUCUGCUGAUGCUGUUGUUACAACUUCAAGUCAAACACAAGUCAUCAAAUCAACCACCUCUUCUGUUCAAGAUGAAGGAGAUGAAUUGUGGGGGACUCCCACUCCUGUCAAAAGUGAAUCAUUAGUGGCUCAGGCAGAAACAGUUGAAGAGCUUGUUACUUUUUCAACAGAACCUCACUCAGCCAGUUAUAAAGCUGAAGUCACAGAGGACACAAAGAGUUCAUCUGCCACCCCAGCUGCCGAAGACAGCACAGAGAAUAUAGAGCAAACUGUUUCCCCUUCGUCAUCAGAUGAUGCGACUGGGAAAACAGUACCAACUACUGAUCUAGAGAGUUUGACUGAAGGGGAGAAAGAGACCCUCGCCACAAAAGAAUUUGGCAUAAGUUUAACUUCAAAAUCUACCUCAACUCCUGAACAAACAGCCAAAACUGUGAUAACAGGAGCUGCAAUUGGAGCCAACACAGAAUCAACACGUCCAAAUAAACCUACCCAGGGUGACAUAUCAAAAGAAAUAGCUACAAGUCAUUUAUCAAGUACAGUCAGUUCACAAAUCCAAACAGAAAAUGUAUAUACAUCCAGUCCUCCAUUACAUAUGUCACCAGUAAGCUCUGUAAUUACAACAAAAUAUAGUGAAAUAACAUUACAAACUGUAGAUGAACAAAAAACAUCAGUAGCUGCUACUCAAGAACCAGAUUCACCUUCCUCCAUAAGACAGCAAGAAACUUCUUCUUUCCCUUCUGAAUCUGAUCUGACCCCUGCCUCCAGAUUGCACAGUGUUAUUGAAAUGGUUAGAGCAACUGUGUCGUCCUUCAAUGGAAUUUUUAGUCAACACACAACACAAAGUUCAACUGAAACCAAUGGCACAGGGACAGAGGCUACAGAGACCACACAAACUCAUGAAACUAAAACUAAGACUUUAAUAACAGUAGCUUUCACUGCAAUAUCUUCACCAUUUGGUGGGACAGAGAAAACAGAUUUGAUUUCAGCUUCUGCUAGUGUUGCUUCAUCACUCUACAACACUGAGAAACCAACAUCUUUGUCACCUCAGACCCAGCAAACUGUAACAAGUCAGACUGGGGAAGGUUCAGUAACACCAGAGAGUACAGACGUAACAUCAGCUGAUACAGACAGUUCUACGCGACAGUCAACUGAUGGAUCAACCGCAGACACUGCAGCUCCUACUGCUUCAUCACUUUUCAGUACUGAAAAACCAACAGGUUUGCCAACUAGUAUCCAAGAGAGUGCUUUCACAGAUGCAACAGAAACGACAUCAGACCACACAGAGGGACUUUCUUCUACAGCUAUAUCUCCUGAAGAAGGUUCUGGUGAGCAAACUCCACAUAUAUUAAUUACACCAUGGUCAAACAUAGAAAAGUCAUCAUCUGUGUCUCCAACAGUACCUUCACCCCAAACUAGUGAUAUUGAAGAUAAAGGAAGUGUUCCUGCAGUUUCAGUUUCAGGGGGUAUUCCUAAUGUGACUUCUUUUGCAACAAUUACAUCUCCAUUAUCUUUCAGCACAGUCCCUCCCCUGUCAUCAAUCACAGCUACUCCUCAUACCCUGGUGCUUUUUAGUCAGCAUUUUACAUCAGUGGAAACAGGGAAAACAGCCAAUAGUAAACCUUCAGUACGUUCGGAUCAUGAAGUCAACUCAAGCGUUGAAUUUCCUUUUGUUGAAUCCUCAACUGGUGUUGGUAUUACUAGUGAGCCUACCAGCACUGUUUCUUUUACAGACUUACAGUCAUUGAAUUAUGCAGAGGUAUUGCAUGGUGUUGCCACUACUCCCGUUUCUUCAUUUAGCACAUUGUCAUUGGCUCCAGUGCAGGCAGAAACUAAAAAAAAUGCUGAAACAGAUGAAAUGGCAUCAACUCCAUCUUUAUUUGAAACUCAGCCAAUGGCCAUCCCCAGUGUUACCACAGUCACUUUAAAUCAGAUUUCCACAUACAUUAAUAUGGAAGCCUCUGGUUUAGAAGAUUAUUUAGGGAUAAGUGCAGAUGGUUCUGGUGCAGAGUUGCUUACUGAAUUUGUCACCCCAUCGUUAAAUACAUUUACUGCAGUUGCAGAUGAGGAAGGUCAUCCUAAAAGCACCUCUGGUGUCAUACGUUUUGCAACCCAAUCUCCAUACAUGAUAAGCACUGAGAUGGCUAUCACUGUAGAUUCUCUGAGCAUGUCCUCUGGCCCCACUAACCUUUCAACUAAAUCUGAAAAAGUAACAGGUUCACCGUUUAUUCCAGUUACAGCAACUUUAAUGCAAACCUCUAUGUCUUUUGGAAAUGUUACUGUGACAGUUCAGAGCUUAAGUGACCCACACUCACCCACUAACAAUUUAGAUAGCCAGACAUCACUUCUUGCUACAGUAUCUUCUGAUAAAGCAUCAGCUGAACCAACAGAAACAUUUUUGGGAACUUCUACAAUUCAUAGCAAUUUGGAUAACGUGUUCUCUGAGGCAUCUAGAAGAACAUCUUUAGCUGUGCACAACACAGGGGUGGCUGACAGUACAAUAAGCACAGUCUCUUCUAUAUUUAGCACAGAGAAAAUUAAAAUGUCAAAAACUUCUAAUUUCAACACAGAGCAGGCAACUAUUAAAACAACAUAUGCUAUCACACCUACUAAGUCUGAAAAUGAGUCCCUUCCCGGAACUGAAAAAUCAGCAAAAGUUACACAUAUACCAUUAACUGAGCGCCACAUUACUAAAAACACACCAUUGACUGGAAGCAUCCUAUUUGGAAAAUCCACAGGGGAACCGGAAACUUAUCUUUCAUUCAAACCAACAUCUGCCGAAGAGGUUUCCUCACAGGAUGCAGAAAGCACUUCUGUUGUUGACAGUACCUCUGGGUCAUUAGCCUCUGGGUCAGUAUCAACCAGUACAGCCAUCAUAUUCACAGAUGAUGUGAAGGAUAAAGAUAAGCUCUUCUCUGCUGUUACUGACAGUAUGAAUGAAGAGGUGACAAAUGCUGAGCUCAUAACCAAAGAUGACUCAAUCAUUGAUGCAGAUACGCUUUCUAUUCAGGUAUCUUCAAUUCACCUUCAAACUAUCCAAACAGAAGAAGCUAGAGGAAUAACAAUGACUCAAAUAAUCGAGGGAACAGGAGAGGCAGACGGUUCAAGAAGUAUUCCUCCCACCUACUUUACCUCUUCACCUAAAAUAUUCUCGGCCACUGGUAAAAACUUAGAUUCAACAACUUUUGAACAUUCGCAGCCUACCUCAAAAUCAUCCGUUGUAGAACACGUUUCUACAAUGGAGACAUCCAAUGAAGACACAGUCACAUCAUCUCUACAUGUUACAGUAGCUACACUGGAUAUGACUAAAGACACCUUGAGUUCCUCGUCCACAAAAGCCACUCCCCCUCCAGUCACUGCCACCCCAAAUACACCAAUGUCUAGUGAAACAGAAGCAAAGAAACUAACCAGUGAUACCAGCAAUGGCCAGUCACACACCACAACAGAAUCGAAAGUACCCGAUACGGACACACUCCAAACUGAUGUAUCAACCAAAUUGCUGGAAGGUAAGUCCACUCAAGCUCCUUUAAAUAAAGACGCCUCACCUAAUACUAACAGCACAGAUAGUGAAGCCCAGGAAACAUCAACUCAUGCUGGAACCUCUCCUAGUGACCAGACAGCCUCUAAGCAGAAAGAGUCAUCUGGAACGGUAACCACAACUCAAGAAUCCAAAACUGAUGUAUCUUCUGAGAGUUCCGUUGAACAAUCUCUGAAAGAAAGAACAGAUUUAACUACAAAGCCUAUUUCCAUUAAUCAUACUACAAAUGUUCCUUCAACAUCAGCACAGUCAUCAUCACAGCCAGAUGUUAUAGUCCAGGUUGUCACAACAGUUUCUCCUGUUCAUCGUCCGACAACUCCUCUGGAAUCCUUUGAGCAAGUAAAGUCAGAAAUCACACUAACACACCAUCCCAACACAGACUUUUCAUCCGAGGAUGUCUUACUUACUACAACUAAUCCUAUUUUUGAAAAUCAUGUACCUAGUCAGAGCACCAAAUCAACAACUCACGCUGUUGCAUCUCUUGUGGCUGAACCAGGAGCUUCCGCAGCAGAUGAUAGGUCUGUUGAGCCAACUCCUACCAAAAACGAACCUUUUGAUGUUAAUAAUGAAGAUAAUCCACCCCCAGAUUAUGAUGCACCAGACCCCAAUUUGCUUGAAUGUGUUCCACAAAUCCAGGAGACCUCACCUGGUGACACAAAUAGCAGCUCAAAAGAAAAUGCAACAAAGUCACCAGUUGCUGCAGAAGCUGUUACCAUGCUACCAUUUGCAUCAGCCAAUGUCAUUUCAACAUCAGGCUCUGAACCCGAGAGCAGUUUUGAGUCAGAUAGCUCCUCUAGUGAGAUGUUCACCACACAUAAACCAAACAUUGACAGUACAGAAAAAGAACAGUCUUGGACAACUGAUGAAAUCCAAGCAGUGUUUAAGGCAGAUGCUAUGAAACCUUCAUUUGUGGAGUCUGUCCCGUCUGAGAACACCUCAGGAAAGCAAGACCAUGAAGAACAAAAUACAGAUGUCUCUUCUCGCACUGAAAUGCCGAAAGAGAUCGACAAAGAGUUUACUACGUCGGUGGCUCAGACAAAAAGUGAAUCAACAUUAGUUCAAUCAGGGGCCACUUCUUUAUCAUCUUCCUCAAAUGGUGCCACUACACCUUCAUCAUUGACUGAAGUCCAGCCACUGGUGGAAGAGGAAGUUACAACUGUCACACCAGAUGCAGAACUGGAUUUGGGACACACUGUUGUUGGCGAGCCAAUCGAAAUUCCAGGUAAGUUUUCUUUUUUCUGGGAUCGGCUUCUUUAAGCCAAUCCCACCUAGAAAGAGGAAGUAUUGCAAGUCAAGGAGAAAUGAAUGUCAGUCAGUAAAUUUUUUUUAUAUCUUUUCACACGCCUUCACUCCUGUACAGUUGAUGUUUGUCUGAAUGGGGGAACCUGUCACAAAGUCGGUGUUCUCCCUACGUGUAGUUGUGCUCCUGGUUACACAGGUCAUCAGUGUGAGACAAGUAGGGAAUUGUGCCCCAGGACUUUCCUUUCACACUAUCUGUCUGCUAUUUAAUACUUGAGAAUUUACCAACUAAAGGUGUCAAACAUUGUCUCUCUUUCGUAUCCAGAUAUGGAUGAAUGCCAGUCUAACCUGUAGGUACUACAACAGUCCUUUCAAGGACUCGAACUCCCAUAAUUCCACUGCUUCCGGUAAAUCCACAUACGUCACGAUCA